UUUCAGAUACACAAGAGCUAGUGCUCGGGGACCACAGUUACUACGCAGGCAGUCAGAGUGAACACACUGCGAACUGCGAGCUGCCGACGUUGAGCCAGAUUCAACGCUUCAUGGGAUUUUCUUUUUACGAAGAGUGGAUUUUGUUUCAUCGGGAGACGUUUCUUAUACGGUGUUUUCUCUUUCAGAUACACAAGAGCUAGUGCUCGGGGACCACAGUUACUACGCAGGCAGUCAGAGUGAACACACUGCGAACUGCGAGCUGCCGACGUUGAGCCAGAUUCAACGCUUCAUGGGAUUUUCUUUUUACGAAGAGUGGAUUUUGUUUCAUCGGGAGACGUUCGGAGAUUUCGCCUUUUCGGGUUGGCGUUUGACAUUAUUAUCCAACUCAGUUGUCGGUAGGAAUUAAGGAUAUUAUAGACUUUCUGCAGGACCUGAUGUAUUUUUAGUACAUUGGAGAUCUCGCUGGAGUGUUGUGCGUGCAGAGCAGAGACAAAUCGCCGAGAAUUUUCGCUCAAUGCACCCGUCAGAUAUCGGGGAGAGAUUUAAACAACUCGGUGGGAGAGGACACACCACCUGUAUUUUGUAGGACCUGAAUUGAUCAAUUCGGCACCGCCAAUUUCCUUCGGGUUCACAGCCUCCGAGGAGGAGGAUUCGGAAAGGAACCAUGAUUUCCUUCGCGAGGGGUAGCUGGUUGAAUUUGGAAAUGUUGGUGAGGCUCCUGCUGGCCCUGGUGGUCUUCCAGGAAGGUGUGGCAUCCAGGAAGGAUAAAGAGCCGCUGUAUCUCUUGGGAAUGUUUCCGACGUAUUUGAAUCAGUCGAUGCACGUUAUCGGGAAGGACUGCCUUUUAUCGGCAAGGCUCGCCCUGAAACAUGUCAACGAGAAUCCGGACAUUCUGCGUGACUUUAGUCUGGAGAUGGUCGAAAUCGACACAGUGAAUCAAGAGGGCUGGACCGUGAACGAGUUAUUGCAGGAGUUGUUCAUGAACUACUCCGAGAGGAAAAACAACGUGAUCAUGAUGAUCGGCCCACUUCGGAAUGAAAUCACCCAGAUAGUGGCUCGUUCUACAAAGUAUUGGAACCUAUUGCAGAUUUCCUACGGUUCCCAUUCCCCUGAGCUUGCUGAUAGACAAACGUAUCCAUUACUCUACCGGACCAUCAUGUCAUCCACGGGUUACAACGAUCCAAGACUUCUCAUGAUACGCCAGUGGGGCUGGAAACGCGUGGCUACCCUUGGCCGAACCGAUCUAACCAUGGCUAUGGAGGACAUGCAAACAAAGCUCAUCAAUAACAGCAUUGAGAUAAUCGCUAAGGAGACGUACGAUGAUGACUUGGUGCAGCCUUUCAAGUUUUUCAAGGAAAAAGAAGUCAGAAUCAUCGUUGGGAACUUUUACGAAAAUCACGCUAAGUUUGUGUUCUGUGAGGCAUACCGUGCAGGAUUAUACGGCCCAAAAUAUGUGUGGAUGAUAUUUGGACAUUACCAUGCCAAUUGGUGGCUGUCCGGGGAUCUAAACGGAUGCACCCCCGAGGAGAUGUCGGCUGCCGUGGAAGGCGCUGUCUCGGUCGGCUUCCAGACGCUCAGUAAGAAGAACGUCGAAACCGUCGGCAAAAUUACACCAUCUGAUUACCGUGAGAUUAUGCUGAACAUGACCGGCACGGACUACAACACAGAGAUCAACCCAGCCCCCUUCUCGUAUGACGCCAUCUGGGCAGCAGCUAUAGCUCUUAAUUCCUCAAUAGCACGAAUCAAACCACAAACUCUGGAUCAGUUUAACUACAAUGACACAAACAUGAGCAUCGCAUUUAAGACCAGCCUGGACGAACUGCAGUUUAUGGGUGUGUCUGGUUUGGUUUCCUUCGACGCCGCCGGGGAUAGGCGAGGGGAAUGCCGUAUCAAAAGAAUUAUCAACGGGACUGAUCAUGAUAUUGGCUAUUACCGUGGAACAGACAGCAUCAUAUGGUACUACACGGUGGAAGAGAUUUUCGCUUCCAGUGGUGGCAAGCCACCAGAUGACCACGAUAUAACGGUGACGGACUACCAGAAGGACUCCGUGUCAUACGAGCUUCUGGUCAGCAUGACAGCCUUUGCGUCGGUCGGUAUCGCCAUGGCAUGCGGCUUCCUAGCAUUCAACAUAUUCUACAGGAAUGAAAGGUUGAUCAAGAUGUCUAGUCCAAACCUCAACGACCUUAUCAUUGUUGGCUGCAUCAUGAUAUACGUGACGGCAAUCUUACUGGGUGUGGAUGCCAGACUACUGUCGGAUAGUCAGCUUAAGAUAAUGUGCCAGUUCCGGGCGUGGUUGUUUGGCGUGAGUUUCACCCUCUCCUUCGGGGCUAUGUUCUCAAAGACGUGGCGAGUCUACAGCAUAUUCACAAACAAGAAAUUACAAAAACGGGUAAUCAAGGAUUACCGUCUCUUCGUUAUGGUAGGCAUCCUUCUCUUAAUAGACAUCGCAAUAUUGACACUAUGGCAGAUACUAGACAAUGUGACUGUGCGAAUCAGGGUGCUUAGCAAAAAGGACGAAAUACCAGAUAGACCUAACACUAUAGUGGUUCUACAACAACACAAUUGCGGUGGGGAACUCUCCACGUAUUUCAUCUGGGCGGUCUAUAUUUACAAAGGAUUACUGCUCGUCUUUGGUACGUUCAUUGUAUGGCAGACCAGAAAUGUGAACAUUCCAGCUCUGAAUGACAGUAAAUACAUAGGUCUGUCCAUCUAUAACGUGGUCAUAUUCAGCGCCUUGGGGGUGCCUCUCUCGUAUCUCCUAGCCGAUAACAGUGGCUAUACAUACGCCAUCGUUGGCGGUCUUAUCAUCUUUUGUACGACUCUCACGUUAUGUCUACUAUUCCUACCGAAGGUUUUGAGAAUCAUCUAUGGUUACGCGCCUGAAGAGGUCGGGACCCGAGUGAUGUCGAACAUCAACGGUCGACAGGGCACCAGGAACGGCCCGAGCGAGGAGCGGACAAGAAGCGUCAUGAUUGGUGGAGAGUACAGCACGGUGGUUCAGGACGAACGGGAACGAUCGAGUGAAGCCAAAAUAUAAUUCAAAUCAAACAAAACUUUGUAAAUAUAAAAACCGAAGAGCUGUACAGAAUGUAUCUAUAUACUUUUUGCCCCUCCAUGUACCUUUGUGGCUGGGGUGCCGUGACGGUUGUUUUUAACCCACACUUGACGUGAAAGAACCACCGAUGACAACACACUGUAACUUUGGAACCUAUUGGUGAAGACAAUGACACUGACCAGUAUCUUUUCGCAAAAUAUGUUUUGUGGCAUGGAGUUUACCUUGCACCUAACGUCACACUUCGUGAAUUGCACCAGAGAUCUGCUUGUGAGAUCACUUACAAAAUUACCUUUGACCUCACAUCACUCCACAUGGCGUUGGUGGUUCUGUAGAUUCUCGGUUAAACUUGACGUAUAUACAUGUGUAUACAUAUAAAGCCAACACAGUCAUGUCCUCCUUGCGUUAUAAGGACAGGGGACCAGUCUACAUGGAUGUCCCUAGUGAUUAAGCAUGCGUGCGGAUUUGGAUGUCGUUGGGGCUACCCUAUAACGCACUUUGUCAUCUUACUACUGUAUAUGGUUAUGAUUGAUCAGCAAGAUAGUCGCCACCAUCAGCCAAGAGCUGUAAACAUUGGUUACGUAUCACUAACUGAGAUCGUGACGUUAGGACAAGAUAUGGUGUUUGGAUGUAAUCGAUCCAUCACAGUGCUAUAAAACACGGCUUAUUUGUGAGUACAGUCUCACGAUGACACGUUCUGUCCACUCGCAUGAAGUCCACCCGGUCAUCGGCGAGGCAGUUUGCGUUAGUGUUUUGGAAAUCCCCAGCCAGAUCCCAGUGGGACUUUGGGACGCUUCCCUUACGUGUUAAGCCAUCCUCUAUGUUGUUUUGCCGUAUAAUACCAAAGAUAGCCGUGGCUUUCUGUUGGGUUCUGUUCUGUUUUCACCGACUCUAUAAACUCACCGUGUAAAGUUACUUUGCGUAAAUGGUGAUCCAAACAAGGCCAAAAUGCAACUUUUAGUGUGAAAACAAGCUUCGUAUGAUAUAAAAUUGGACCUGCAAAUCCCGUUAUAAACGCAAUGCACAAAUUGGUAAUCAAACACAAUUGUUUGCAUAUAUAUUGGUAAAUUGUAAUAAUUGUGUUAACAUGUGGAGAAAUGAUCUAAAUACAAUGGGAAUAUUGCUUGUCAACAUACAUCGCAUGAUAGAGUGAAAUAGAAAAACGUGACUGGAGACUUUCUUCCUUUGCGAGUUUGACUCCAAUUCGACAACCAUAAUUUUUGUUCAGCUGUGUUCAAGGGAACUCCAUUAUGAUUGUCUUCUCUCUUGGGUCUACAACACUUCUGCCUUUAUAUAAACAGAAAUUCACACAAGGUGAGCUUGCACGUUGACAACCCAAAACGGAGAUACCACGCGUCUUUGUGAUACACCCGAUGGCAAUCAGCCGUAGAGGACGUUGACACGGCAGUGUGACUUGCUCGCACAUGCCCAGCGCACGCCAUGGAAGAUUUGCAACGAGAGAUAAGCCGACCACUCACCUUGCCUGUGAGCAUUUUUUUCUUCACUAUAGAAUUGCCAUCCUCAAAAAAUGUUCCUGAAUUUUUGUUUAAGGGUUCCCUUUUUGGAAUCGAUUUAGAAGAAGACGAAAAUGCCACUACAACAGUUGCAAUUUUGUAAUGCAGAAAAACAUUGCGGCCUGGGAUAUACACACAACAAAAAGAGAGUUCGAAAGGCUAACUCAUUAGGAAAACCAUAGAGCUAGGACCCCUAGCUCUAUAGGAAAACAGACACUUUUGGCGAGGAGUCAAAUGCUUGAACAUGAACAUUUCCCCGGCAAUUGGUUUGACAGUUUGUCCGAGCAUUCAAUGUUCCUUGUGAUUGUCUGAAUACUUGCGUGCGUUCUCCCAUGACAACACAAUUGGGACUAACAGAAUGAUGUACCUUAUGUUUGAGUUUGAUCUCUCUUGACAAAUUGAAAUUAGCAGACUGUACGAAAAUGUCAUUUUCAUUACAAACCUUACGGGUAAUAAACGUAGGCCUUUUUCACGGAAAACAGUAUACUCAAAGGACCUUCUACAGAGAUAUUACUCAACUAUCUGAGAGCAACGAAUAAUGGUGAAGAUUCCCUAACUGCGCAGGAAAAAGUACACCUUUGGCGUUGAGUUCCAAUGCUUGGACGGGUAAUUAACAUUCACUCGGCAGCUACUGGUUUGCCAAUUUGUCCAAGCAUAAUUUGGAAUAACAGAUUGUUCGAACAUGUCAUGUUCGUUUCAAAUCUUACAGGAAAUACAUUGGAGUGGUAAUAAACGUAAAGCCCUUUUCAUUUGGAAAACAAAAUUCUCAGAGGACCCAGUAAAAAGAUAUUAUCCAUGUGAUGCACCUAAUAGACGAAUGUCUUCGGUCAUUCCGUAUAAUUGAAAGGGAAUGUCAAUUACAAGAACGUCUGGACUCAGAUCGGUUGGUGGAUCUUCUGAACAAAUUCUGAUCAAUCCAGUCCAUUUUUAUUACGGAUUCGUUUCUGUUUUCUGAAGUCAUUUUUCCCGAUAUCUCAGUCGUUGACCUGUUUCGCUUCACUCUGUUCUUUCUUGAGAACGAGACAGGUUGUAUAUGGCUUAUUUUGGACAGUUCGAAAGAUACCAAAAAUGGCUGCGGCAUGGUGUGUAUUUUUAUAGUCGUGCCAAACUGCAGCGUGAAGAUUCAAAUUCAUUCCCGAAUCUUCAGGUGGUUUAGAGUAACUCUCCUUCUCUCUCCAUUACUGCAUGUUCUGUCUUUAAAACUCAACGAGGAGACUAAAUUGAGAAUGGAGUGGAAAUAAUCUGGUCCCACUGUUAUGGAACUAUAUAAAGUGUUCGUGACCGCUACUACAUGCACAGGAACACGACAAUGUGACCUUAAGAUGAAAAAGCCCUUUGCAUAUAGCUUUGAUUUACACGCACUUGGAUUUCUCACCAAGGGAGACAAUUCUUGUCUCCUUCCUUUUGUCAUCCUUUUUUUAAACAGAAUAGUUUCUUCGUUUUAUUUAUCCCCCUGUGGAUCGUUCUGUCUCACGGCAAUCGCUUUGAACUCUCAUUUCAUGCCAGUAGAGUUCCGGACAACCGUUGGCAUUACCAAAUGAAACGAAAGCAACACCGGUGAAUUUCCCCACGGUCCCCGGUACGGUUACUUGAACAUAAUGGGUUGAUUCACACGGAGUUCGGUCUUUUCAUCAAAAUACCACGGAGGAGAAAAAUGUGCCAAUCAGAGACCUUUUUCAUUGGUUCUGCUUUUCACGGAUUUCUGUCUAUAUGGGCCUCUAUGCAGCCUCUAUAUAGGCCCCAUGUACGACCUUUCAGCAGCCGCUAUUAUACGCCAUCAUAUAGAGCCAUCAGAUUCUGGAAUUGAGAAAGGAUUCAUCAAUGAAUGGUCCACAACCAAAUGUCUUUUGUUGGUUGCUCGCUUGUUGUUGUCACGUUCAAUUUUUGGUGGCUUUGCUUUGAGUCUUUAAUCUUUGUUCACAUCUAUGACACGGGAGGACAUUUUGUAUGGGGCGGGUACAUUUUAGAGUAUUUAAAAUAGAAACCCCAAAGCUUUACUAACUUUCUCGUUAAAGCGUUUUCUCUCAUGUAACUGCGUUGUAUAAAGUAUUUAAAUAUAUACAAAUGUGUUUUUAACCAGGUAAAAACAAAAUAAGUGCUAUGUAAAAAAUGAAAUGAAAAUAAUAUAAUUGUCUGUACUUUAAAAUAGUAAACAAUAUAUGGAUAUAAAAUAGUAAUCAACACAUAUUUCAUUUGAAUUGUAUAUUAUAAACUAUAUUGUUUGGCCCUGGGUCAGUAUUACGAUAAGGGAGAGUAAUGAGUAGAGUAAGGGGCCCUUAAGUUUGAUAUUUAUCAGUUUAAAGACGUCCACAUGUUUGCUAUUUGGUGAAAGAUAUCGGCCCUAGAAUACAGUCAAAUUUGUUUUCCCACAUGAGUUUAUUUUUUAUAAUUUCAAUUCUGAAUCUAAAACAUGAUUGCUUGUUUGUUUGUUGUUUGUUUGUUUGUUUUUUGUUUUUUUGUUUGGUUAUUAAUAUUGCUUAAGUUGAAAACAAAAUGUAUUAUGCACAUGGCAGUCUGUACGCUGUAAGCGUUCCAAGUAAGGAAUAAAUUAUUAAUUUUUGUGUGGAUAACUGUUUUGCCUGACGUUUCGACCUAUAUAAUAGCAGAAUCUUUCUCAAAGGCUAAAAAAGAAAGACUUCGAAAAAGACUCUUCUAUAAGGGUCGAAACAUAACGCCACUGACUAAUUUUGUUGAAGUACGACAUAAUGUAAUGUUUUUGCAUAUACGCAAUCAACAACUAAGUAUAAUUUAAUAUAAAUAGUAUAUUACGCAUAUGUUAUGGGAUAGGCCUGUCAUGAUGCAUGCAUAGAUUUUGGCAAAAGUUUGAUCAAGUUUUUAUCAAUUCAUUCACAUGGUGUAAAUUUGAAGUUGAUUUGAUAACACAAAUUUUAAUUUCGGCUCGAAGUGGCUGCCAUUGUUUGUUAUCCUACCUACAUGGUUCACAAAGGACAAUUUGACCUGAUAACCAAAUAUAUUUAACAUGACAUGCGUUGAUUGUGUGCCAGGUUAAAUGCUUGUAUCAUCAAAGGCACAUCAUUCACCCAAAUAGUUCCCCUGUCGGACAUAC